CAUUUCCGGUCCCCUCCCCCACUUUAGGAAUUCGAAACUGACACAGAUUCAACAAAUAGGAUCUUCUCACCAACAUGACAAUCAAAAACGGGGCUUACCGGUCGAUGGUUUCUUCCGCGCAACUCCGAGACAGGCUCAAGAUAAAACAACUCCGGUUAUUUUUCUGCUUAACGCAUGGUGUGACAAGAUGAUAGCAGACCGGAUGUCAACGCUGUUCUGCAACUGUUGCGACUGGAGAGAUGUUUUGAGGAUCAAGAAAGUGGUAGCUUUUUAGACCCGCCCUCCACACAACAGCCGAUACCUCCCCCCUUCAACGUUAACCACACCCCUUCUCAGUAUAAAAAAACAAAACUGCCCACCUCGCAAAACAACAGGGUCCAAACGGUUGUACCACAAGGAACGAUUCCACCAGUAAACCCAACGCCUCAAGCAGGCCCUUUCGCUGCUGAAGGUGCAGAGAUACAACCCGCGAACGCACCUCAAACUGAUCUGCCAGCAACCUCUUCACAGGCCCCAACUGCCAGAAGGGGAACACCCUCUUUAAAACGUAAGAGGCAACUAUCCAGUUUGGUGAAGCUACAUUCUACCACCCUGAGGUUUCAAGAAGCCAUCAACAAAAACUUAUCCAGAAUAAUUAAAGCCCGGAAGAUUAUCACAGAAACGGUGGAGAGUAUUCAGAAAAUUCCAUACUGCGGCCGCAGAGGAACCUACUACAGUCGGAGAGCUGAGGAGCUUCUGAGAAGCUGCAAGUGUCUGAUGGACGAAAUCGCCAAGAUCUCAACGCUACAGUAGAGUUAACCUUUUAAAUUGUGACCUCUGUUAAAAUGGGUAGCCAGCAACUGAGAAAUGCAUUGAAUGAAAUUGUUGAAGCUGUGAAUGAACUCCGUAAUUUCCCUGUAUACCCUGCAACCGAAUUUCUCAAUCUAACCCCAAAUUCCCCCCUCAGAACUCAGGGUCCAGAUUUGGAUCUUGAACGUUUACUAUCUGUAGAACGAGCCAUCGAACGAUUAAAUGAUUCUUUCUCUCAACCAUACUCGCUUGAAAAUAAUUCCUUAGAGUUUCAACAGCAAGUUACAAACGCUUUACACGAAAUCACACAAAUGGUUAAUGACCUUCAAAAUCUUCCUGUUCAGCAUGUGCCUGGUUCUUUCAAUGUAGCUCCACAUUCACCGUCCAGGUUAGAACAAGCGAUUCAUCAAUUAAACGUUUCUCUCUCUCAAACAUUUAGCCCUAAUCCUACAAACCUUCAGUAUGAGCAACAUGGGGGUAGUCUUGUAGAAAACGUUGAACAUAUUCCCUCAGGUUCUUUGAAUCAUGCUUCGCAAAAUCCCUCAUCCAACCAGCCUCAUCAGCCAAGCCUCAUUGCACCCAACCUCCCCACACUCGAUCGAGCAGAUCAACCGUGCACUAGUCAUGGAGAGCGAGCUGUAAACAGCUCUGAACAUACCCAACAAACUCAGAGAGAGCGAGAAGGUUUCAAUGUUACAGAAAUAAGACGUCCUUUCAACGUCAUUGCCUCGCGAGCCGGCGACGCUCCCAACCCCGCUGAAUUUUACACACAAGUGUAUCACAUUCUCACAGAGCUCGCAGAGUCAGCUGCUCGCCUUGCCUCUCGUAGCGAUAUUAUCCAACUAGAAUUGAGCGGAGAAGGAUUUUCUCAUCACGCCGUCGUUCAAGUAAAUGAUGAACGUGAUUCAAUUCUGCCUGCAUUUCUGGAAUUUUUAGAGGAGCUAACGCAGUCAAACGCGGAAUUGCCGGAUCCAAACAACUUAGAAAUGAUUGUUCAGGUUGUAAGAAACCCUCAUGGAGGUGUCAAACGUAAAGCCGAAAAAACAUUGGACUGUGAACUGAUUCGUAAAAAACGUCAACAUUUGUAUAUCGUCGCCAAUCGUUCUGAUCAGCUCUGUUUUUCAAUCAGUCUUGCCCAUCUAUGUAACCCUGCUUUUACAGACGCCCAAGCCGUGCAGCAAGCUGUACUUUGGCAACGCACAGCGGGCCUCACAGAGCAAACCCCCGUCACUUUCAGCGAUGUGCAGAAAUUUGAAAAGAUUGUCAACAGGAAAAUUGUGGUUUUCUAUAAAGACGGUAAGGAUGCAAUGCUUCGUAAAUUCCAGACUGACUUUCCCGAUCGUUCAAAUCCGCUUUUUCUGCUUCUGUUCAAAAAUCAUUACUAUGGAAUAAAAAGUCUCACAGCAUUCACAGGUUCUAAGUACAUUUGCAGCUAUUGCUUUAGUGGCUUCCUAAACAUCAACAGACAUAACUGCGAGGGUCGUUGUUCAGUUUGUCUCGAUCCAAAAUGUACUCUCCAACGGUACAACUCUGUACAAUGCGCAGAUUGUAACCGAAUCUGUCGUAAUUCAUUCUGCCUUGAUAAGCACAAACAACCCACACUGAGACCUAACCUCGGGAAGCAUGUGAGUAACUGCGAAACGACUAAAUACUGUCCUGUUUGUAAAAGGCUAUAUGAUUUGUCAGCCGGCAAAGAGAGCAAACCUCACGAGUGUUCAAUAAAAUGCACGAUCUGUCGUCAGAAAGUCCCUAGCGGUGUUGAUGUAACGUUAAACGAGCACCAGUGUUACAUUCAACCCACACUGACAGACCCUGAACUCGGAAAUAAACUGUUUUUUUACGAUUUUGAAACUUUUACAGAUCAAACUGGGAGACACAUCCCAUUCCUUGUCUACACAAAAACUUUGGCGGGGGAAGUUUGGUACUCUUACGGCCUGAACUGCGUCAGGGAUUUUCUGCUCCAUUUCAGAAAUCCUCGUUACAGAGGUUUCACUUUCCUAGCUCACAACAGUCGUGGGUUUGACUCUUACUUGGUUCUGAGUGUAAUGGUUGAAUUGGGCAUUAAACCACAUUUAAUAACACAGGGAAGUAAAGUUCUCUGUUUUACCGAGCCUGAUUACGCUCUGAAAUUCACCGACAGCCUUUCAUUCCUUACGAUGAAACUCAGCCAAAUGCCAAAAGCAUUGGGAUUUAACGAGCACUGUAAAGGGUUUUUCCCUCACUUGUUCUCCUCUGAGAAGACUUUAAACUACGUGGGUCCGCUUCCUCCCCCCUGCUUCUACGGGGUAGAUCGCAUGAACCCUGCCGAACAGGAUCGGUUUUACAUUUGGUACAACGAGGCUUGUAAACACCCCUUUGACUUUCAGAAAGAAGCUCUUUAUUAUUGUCAAAAUGAUGUGGAGAUUCUUUUCAAGGCUUGUGUGAAAUUCAGAGAAGAGUUCUUUAAAGAGACAACCGUGGAUCCUUUAAAGUCGAUCACCAUUGCGUCAGCUUGUAUGAAAGUUUUCACAUCCAAUUUCCUCCCUCCUAACACUCUCGCGAUCCCCUCCCCGGUGGAUUACCGACGACAAUGUAAAACAUUUUCGAACGCGUCUAUUCAGUGGUUAGAAUGGGUAGCUCAGGAACGAGGCAUUUUCAUUCAGCAUGCGCUCAAUAAAGGUGAAAAGAAAAUCGGCCCUUAUCACAUCGAUGGAUACGCGGAGGUUCGAGGGGUGAAAAUUGCGUUUGAGUUCAACGGGUGUUUUUUUCAUGGUUGUCCCACUUGCUUUCCACCCGACCAGAUCUGUCCUCUCAGGAGGGUUUGCUUUGAAACAUUCCACUCUGCUACCAUGGAGAGAGCGAGGUUAUUGCAAUCGGUUUACGGCGUGCAAUUAGAAGUUAUAUGGGAACACGACUGGAUCCUAAUGAAGGACUCACACCCGGGUCUCAAAAGGUUUCUACAGUCUUUCAACGCACCGGAGCCUCUUUCCCCGCGUAAUGCCUUAUACGGCGGGCGUACUUGUGCUCUCAGACUCCGGUACACGGCGGGGGAGGAGGAAUCGGUGCAUUAUGUAGAUUUCACCUCAUUGUACCCGUACGUGAACGCAAACUGCCCCUAUCCUCUCGGACACCCCAAAAUCAUCUACAAAGAUUUUGACGAUCCGCGUAGCUAUUUCGGGUUCAUCAGGGCGACUGUGUUUCCACCCCGCGGUCUGUUUUUUCCCGUUUUGCCGUACAAGACAUCUACCGGUAAACUCGUGUUUACUCUCUGCCGUGCUUGCGCCGAAAUGAACUACCAGGCAGGCCCAUGCAACCACACUGACCGAGAGAGAGCGUUGACGGGGGUAUGGGUAACCCUCGAAUUCAACAAAGCUCUCGAACUCGGUUACACCGUCGCUGAAAUCAGUGAGGUUUGGCAUUUUGAGAACCAGAGCAGUUCAAUCUUUAAACCGUAUAUCGACACUUUUCUCAAGGGUAAGCAGGAAGCUUCAGGUUUUCCCGCUGAAGCGACGGAUGAGGAGAGCAGGUUAAAGUAUGUGGCAGACUACAAACUGAACCAAGGCAUCCAGCUGGAUGUGGAGAAGAUUGAGGUCAAUCCUGCUAAAAGGCAAGUGGCUAAACUGUGUUUGAACAGUUUUUGGGGAAAAUUUGCGCAGAGAAAUGAUCUGGCUCAAACUACCAUUGUGACAGACUCAGCUGAGUUUUUUAACUUCCUGUUUUCAGGUAAAUACACGGUGAGCUACUUUCACUUUCUGAACGAUGACAUGUGUAUGAUUCAGUGGAAAUACAACAAGCGAUGCAUCUCUCCCCCCAACAAGGUGAAUAAUGUGUUUAUCGCGGCAUUCACCACGGCACACGCACGGUUGAAACUAUUCACCUGUCUUGAACCGCUUCAGGAGCGCGUUUUGUACAUUGACACAGACAGCCUGAUCUACGUGGUUAAACCGGGUCAGACCUCCCUCGAGCUGGGAAAUUAUUUGGGGGAUUUAACGGAUGAGCUGGGAGGUGAUACCAUACAGCAAUUUGUUUCAACAGGCCCCAAAAGCUACGCUUACCAGACAAGAAACCAGAAAAAAGUUGUGAUGCGUUGUAAAGGCAUCACUCAAACUCAGGAAUGCAGUGAGAGGGUGAAUUUUGACAGUGUGAAAGAGUUGGUAGAAAGUUAUCUGCAGGGGUCUACAGGGGGUGUGUUAGAAGCUCCGCAGCAUACCAUCAGGAGGGAUAAAAGAAACUUCCAACUUAAAAAUACCACAUUUCAGAAAAAGUUCCGCUUGGUGUAUGACAAGAGAAGGCUUUUUCCUGACGGAACAACUCUCCCUUUUGGUUACUAAAAAGGUUAACCGAGAACAAUGUCGCUCUCCGGUGAAACACAGGAGAUUGAAUUUGACCCUAGAUUCAAAACCCCUUUUUCAUGUCUGAUAGUGGGUCCGAGCGGGUGUGGAAAAUCUUUUUUUGUUAAACGUGUUUUGCAGAAUUGUAACCAUGUUAUGGAUGUUGUACCUGUAAAUAUUGUAUGGAUUUAUACAUCUCUUCAACCCAUGUACGCUGAAUUGCAGAGAAUGAAUAAAAAGAUUAAAUUCA